AUGGAGACGACAAUUUCUGAAAUCCAAGUAGAAACCAAAGAUGAGAAGAGAUCAGCAGAAGUUAGUCUUCAGAACGAGAGGCAAGAGGAGAAAGCUUCCAUGCUCUGCUUCAAGAGAAGGAAGAAAACAACCAAAAGACUGAAGCCCGAGCCUGGUUCUGAAGCAGCUGAGAAAGCCAGAGAUUCUGAUCAACCACAGCCCAGAGGAGGGGCUUGGGCCUCAUUCAAACGUCUUGUAACAAGAAGGAGAAGGUCAGCUUCUUCAAAGCAACAAAAGCCCCUUGAGGCUAAAGUGCAACUGGAAAGAAAUACUGAGGAUACUGGGCUUUCCAAGAAAAUGGCAAAAUCCAAACUUAAAAUACCCUGCAUGAAAUUCUCCAGAAAUGAGAAAAGAAGCAGUCAUUCCAAAAUCAUAGAAGACUCAGACUGCAGCGUCAAAGUACAGGCAGAGGCUGAAAGUCUGGAUACAAAGACUCAGAUACAACCGAAUGACCAGGCAACAAGGACCCGGUCGACCCAGGAUCUAAGAGAAUGUGUUUCACAGAAAGAUGGAGGUGAAGUAGGUGAAACAGAUGUAAGGAACAGCAUCCCUUCUCCUGAAGAGAAAGUGAUUUCAGUAGAACUUGGAUUAGAUACUGGGCAUUCAGUUCUUCACACAGAAACUCUCAUUGUUGAAAAAGAUAUUGAAACGAGCCAGGAAGAAGAAGGUGUUCCGAAUGAGCUAGCAAGUCAACCUGAAACUUCAGAAACAGACCAGCAGCUUCCAGCAGUUUCUGAUGUUCCAGUCCCACCUGCCAUUCCUGAUCAACAGAUGGUGGAAGAAGACAGUAACAGAAUCCCAGAAAGUGAACCAAAUGAAAGUACAGAGCUUGUAUCUGAAGAGGGUAAGCCUGAAGGCACUGAAGUGAGUCCUGAUGAACCAGAUAGUCACGAAAAUGAGACUGAUGUGGAGGAGCCAAGAUCAGAAGAAAGCAAAAGGAUGGAGCCCAUUGCAAUUAUUAUUACAGACACUGAAAUCAGUGAAUUUGAUGUCAAGAAAUCGAAAAAUGUCCCUAAGCAAUUUUUAAUUUCAAUUGAAAAUGAGCAAGUGGGGAUUUUUGCCAAUGAUAGUGAUUUUGAGGGUAGAACUUCAGAACAGUAUGAAACACUCUUAAUAGAAACCGCUUCUUCCCUCGUCAAGAAUGCUAUCCAGUUGUCAGUAGAACAGCUAGUAAAUGAGAUGGUGUCUGAUGAUAAUACAAUAAACAAUCUUAUACAGUGA